AUGCACACCUUCAACUUCCUGUGCGCCUUUGGCCUCCUGGCUGCUCUUCAGGUGACCUGGGCAGAGGAUGUGGAGACUUUGGCAGUAAGCACAGUCCUGGUGUCCUCGUCAGACCAGAGUGAGAUCGUGAACAAGCACAAUGCCCUGAGGAGAAAUGUUCAGCCCUCUGCCAGCAACAUGCUGAAAAUGAGCUGGAACAGCGAGGCUGCAGCCAACGCUCAGAGAUGGGCCAACACCUGCUCCAUGAAUCACAGCCCUCCCAGCUCCAGAAAAAUCAGCACCAGUGGCUGUGGAGAGAACCUGUACAUGUCCAGCUACAAGAGCACGUGGAGCGACGCCAUCCAGUCCUGGUACGAUGAGGUGAAGGACUGGCGCUACGGAGUGGGAGCCAUCAACGGAGGAGUGAUCGGACAUUACACACAGGUUGUGUGGUACAGGUCCAACCAGGUCGGCUGCGCUGUGGCAUACUGCCCCAACUCUGCAUACAAAUACUUCUAUGUCUGCCAGUACUGCCCACCUGGAAACUACCAGUACGCUCGUCCCUACAAAUCAGGACCCUCCUGCGGUGACUGCCCCAACGCCUGCGACAACAAACUGUGCACCAACCCCUGUCCCUACUCUGAUCAGUACAGUAACUGCCCUGACCUGAAGCAGCAGUGGGGCUGCAGCAACAAGGACGUGGCCUCUUGGUGCGCCGCCUCCUGCAAGUGCACCACACAAAUUAUUUAA